AUGAUAACUUCUCAUUGUAAUUGUUCUCAUCACAUCAGUGAUCAACCUGAAUGGUUCACUUUAUUAUUUCAUGGUACUGUUAGUCAAUUAGCCUUAUCUGCUUGCCGAAUGCCAAUUAUGAUUACUCUUAUUGCUCGAAGAUCAAGGCACUUUGCUGGUCGACGAUUUUUAAAACGUGGUGUUAAUCUAGUUGGUGAUGUUGCAAAUGAAGUGGAAACGGAACAAAUAGUACACGACACCUCAUAUGCAUUUCUUCGCCAUGGACGUGUUUCAUCAUAUGUACAAAUGCGUGGCUCUGUACCAUUAUUCUGGUCACAAGAGUCUUCUAAAGUUGUUGUUGGCCGACCACCUUUAGAAAUUCUACGUGAUGAUCCGUUUUAUGAAUCGAUGGGUUUACAUUUUGCCAGUUUACUUGAACGUCAUGGAUCUCCAGUUAUUGUACUGAAUUUGAUGAAAAAACGCGAGAAAAGACAUUUCGAAACAAUUUUAUCUGAUGGAUUUGAACGUGGAAUUAUCUAUUUAAGUCAAUUUUUACCUUCUAGAAUUCCUCAACCAUCUGAUUCAUUAAGUACACUAUUUACUGAAACAAUUGAUAGUAGUCCACCUCUUAUGUACAUUGGAUUUGAUAUUGCUCGUGUACAAAAAAUGAAACGUACAGUUGUUCUUGAUAAAUUACAGCCUAUAAUAGAUAAUUGUGUACGUCGUACUGGAAUAUUCUUUUCAUCUUCGGCUUCUUUACCAAUUUCAGAAAUUCAAUUUGAAAAACAUAGAACAAUUGGUUUUAAGUAA